AUGUCCAAACUUUUCACCCCUCUAAAGGUCGGCAACGUCCAGUUGGCCCACCGCAUCGCGAUGGCGCCCAUGACUCGAUUCCGUGCCGACGACGACCACUCCCCCCUUGACAUAGUCGCAGAAUACUACAAGCAGCGCGCCUGCGUCCCAGGAACUCUCCUCAUCUCCGAGGCGACCCUGACCUCACCCCGCGCUGGCGCCUACAAAAACGCGCCCGGCAUCUGGACCAAGGAGCACAUCGCAGGCUGGAAGGCGGUGACCGAGGCCGUGCACUCCAAAGGCAGCUUCAUCUACCUGCAGCUGUGGAACCUCGGACGGACGGCGGACCCCAAGGCAUCGGACCAGGAUCUGAUAUCGGCCAGCGCCGUGCCUCAGGACGACAAACACCCUACGCCGCGGGAGAUGACCGAGGAGGAGAUCCAGCAGGCGAUCCAGGACUACGCCACGGCGGCCAAGAACGCCAUCGAGGCCGGCUUCGACGGCGUCGAGGUCCACGCGGCAAACGGCUACCUCAUCGACCAGUUCCUGCAGGACACGUGCAACAAGCGCACCGACGGCUGGGGAGGCUCCGUGGAGAAGCGGGCGCGGUUCGCCCUCGAGGUGACGCGCGCCGUCGUCGAGGCCGUCGGCGCCGACAGGACCGGCAUCCGCCUCAGUCCCUACGGCACCUUCCAGGGCAUGCUGAUGGCGGACCCGGCGCCGACCUUUGGGUACGUGGUCGACCAGCUCAGGCCGUUUGGGCUGGCGUACCUGCACUUUGUAGAGUCGGAGGACGGGGACGACAGGAGCGUCGACUGGCUGGUGAGGAAGUAUGACAGCGCCGGCCCGGUUCUGGUGGCCAACGGUUUCACGCCCGAGUCGGCCAAGAAGGCUGUCGACGAGACGUACAAGGACCUUGAUGUUGUCAUUGCCUUUGGCAGGCUAUUCAUCCCCAACCCGGACCUGGUGUUUAGGAUUGAGAAGGGAGUUCCGACUGAGCCGAUUGACCCUAGUGGAAAUUUCUACGAGGCCAAGUCACCAAAGCGCUUCAUCGACUUUCCGUUCAGCUCAGAGUAUCAGGCGUCUGUCAAGGCUAACUGA